AUGGCUGUUGCUUAUUAUCAAAUGUACCGUAGUACAACAAUUGGUAUUGCCCUAGAAGAAUCAUUACAAGAUAUGUUGAAACGUCAUACAAUUAAUCAACGUAGUUCACAAAAAAUUUUACAAGAAUUUGAUCGUUCAAUGAAUAUCACACUCACACAACGUACGUCAAAUUAUUUAACAUUUAAAGCAAAACUUUUAUCUUACAGAGCAUGUGAUCAAGUCUGGACUUUGGUAUUUAAAAAUAUUGAUCUAGAUUCUUAUGAUUGUUUAUGGGCAAAAUAUUGUGAUAAAAUCAAAUUUAUUGCAGCUCCAGCGCUUAAAUUUGAUCAACCAUCUGUUCAAGUUUCUACAUUAACACCGACAGCAUCAUCUAUCUCUGGUAAUACAACACGAUGUAAUAGUAGUGAUCGAAUGAGAGAAUUGGAUAGUCAAAGUGAAGUGAAUUAUAUGAAAAACGAUGAUAAUGAAAUUGAAGAAAUGGCUUAUAAAAAGUUUAAACAAUAA